AAAAUGAGCCUUAAGGGUAUAUAAAGGAAGUUCUUAAGGCUUACAGAGGAACAUCAGCUACUGAAGCUACUGAAGCACGCUGUGUAUUUUCUUAACGUCAAACUUGACAAAAGAUGUCUGGAGCACCACUUUCAGUCUUCUGCGUGCUGUGCCUGCUGUCCGUCUGCACUGCCUGCUACAUCUCCAACUGCCCCAUCGGUGGCAAAAGAGCAGUACAGGACGUCCCCACGCGACAGUGUAUGGCAUGUGGCCCUGGAGAUAAGGGCCGAUGCUUUGGUCCCAGUAUCUGCUGCGGAGAGGAAAUAGGCUGCAUGGUGGGAUCUCUGGAGGCCAUGCGCUGCUUGGAGGAAGAUUACCUGCCCUCUGCGUGUGAGACUGGAGGAAAACCCUGUGGCUCUGUGGCAGGACGCUGUGCUGCACCAGGAGUCUGCUGUGACUCAGAGAGCUGCACCACCGAUCCCUCGUGUCUGGAAGGAGAAGGAGACGUGCCCUCUCACAGUCUACCUUCCAGCGGCAAAGACCUGCUCCUGAAGCUUCUUCACUGGACAAACUACAGGACUUACCAGUGAGAUGUUCAGGGAUCACAUCGUUGUAGGAGAAUGCGAAACACCAGC